AUGAAUAGCUCACUGGUUCACACAGUCUCUCAAAGUGCCAUUGGUACAUGCACCGUGGCACGAAAUCUGGUUGCGUUGGACUUUAAAAUUCUAGAAAAAUUAGGUGAUGUGACCUCGUUUAGUGAGUCUUCUCAAGAGGAAAAGCGUUCAGCUGUAGCACCCUUCCGGUGCCUAGCUGCCAUGCCACCCGAAGGAAGCACGAGGGCUGGGAUACUGCCAGGUUGCCCAAGCCUAGACAGGGGAAGUCGAGUGGCGGAGGUCGGAUUCGAACCGCGGACCUUCAGGUUAGUAAUCCGCGCUCUAACCACUUCGGCCAUCUCAAGAGGGGAAAUAACGACGUAUCCUUCAUAG